UAGAAAUUCAUUAUACAAGGGUACCUAAUUGGUUUAAACAAAAUAUUAAAAAUAUAUGUAUUUAGUUAUAGUAGUAUUGUAAUAGUGUGGGAGGCUACUGUUCGGAUAUCACGAUGGACAUCAGAUGUGUUUCUGCUUUACUUCUACUUUAUCAUACAAAAGUUGUAGGUGGGGCUACCUGUGGUGAUCUGAAAUAUCGCGAUCCAGCAAUAAAAGGGAGGAACGUGACGUUUGUGUUCAAACCGGACAACUACCAAAGCGAACUACUUCCCAUUUUAAAACACCACAGAAAUAAUAACUAUUUCAUUUCAAAUGCAAUAGUGAGGAAUGACCAAGACAAUCAUCUGUAUUAUAUUGUUUUAAACUCUACGGACCAUGGGUCAACGUCAUAUGCUGUCAUUUACGGACGAUGCUGGUCAAAUGUGGUAAACCUAAUUUUAAAAGCUCUUUCUGGUUGCGGAUAUUUGUAUAUUCGGACCAAAGUAAUUACCGCAGGAAGUACUGUCGAGUUGGGCUACUUUCCCAAUACAGCCGUGAUUAACAAUAUAACAGCUAGUUAUGUUCGCCAAUGGCAUAACGCGACCUCCUCAUCGGAUAUGCACUUAUCUGCUGGUCAUUUGUCUGAGAGUGAGGAUCCCAACUGGGAGUUUGUACUGACAAUACACAACGUAGACCGAUGGAUGACUGGAAACUACAGUGUGAGAUGCACUGACGGCCGGACUGGUGGAGACAAGUUUACACAACCCGUUGAAAUAGCCGUUAUUGUUCCAUCAGGUAAACCGUCGCUUCAUUCCUACAACCAUACUUCUGAUUGUGAAGAUUGCUUAGUCGGGAUAGACGGUAAGGAUCUGGACAAACAUAUUUACUGUCACACAACCGGCGGAUCGGUCCCAACAAUAUAUGUCGGAGAGAGCAAUGUAACGGUACACUUCAUUAGUAAUGAUACAUACCAGCCGUUGUAUGUUGCGAGAAAAGACGACCACAUGAAAGUCGUUACAUGCAGCGUCUUCAAUGCAGCUAUGGUAUCGCCACUUAACACCAGUUCCAAACUUUAUGUGGCUGUUAGGCCAGACAAAGCAGUUCUCAACGUACCUGAACUAAAAGAAGGACAACCAGCUAACAUUACAUGCACUACCACGGGAGGGAGACCGUCGUCGACAUUAAGUCUUAUGCUCAAUGCGAACAACAUGUCUUCAAUAGUGAUAACCACAACCCAUUAUAACGACGAUUUAACCUACAUCUCAUCGAUUUAUUUAAACGAAAAUGCUAAAAGGGAGUGGCAUUCUCUGAAGGUCGCAUGCUACCAACAUACUCACUUUUUUGCGGCCUCCUACAUGACCGAAGAGGAAACUAUAUAUUGUAGAUAUCCACCUUCAGAGAUAUUUCUAGAGAAACCUGUUAUACCUUCCAAACUUCAGGACAUCUACCAUCUCGUCUUUACAUGUGAGGUAAAAGACUUUAACGACAACUGUAGCCUUCAAUGGACCUCAGACAAACCUUUGCUCUUAAAGGAUAGACAUCCUGAAAAGAGAACGAAUCUGAAAUCCAUGAUGUCCAUACUGAACGUAUCUGUCACCAAGGAGGACUUUGGCAAUGUGCUUUGCUGCAGUGCUGUUUGUUCCAGCUUUAAGCGUAUCAUCUCGAAAUCACAUACUCUAGUGGUGCCUUAUGUGCCAGUGUUGUCACUUUCAGUUGGAAAGGAACUACUUUUGCUCAAAUAUGAGUCAAAGACUGUAACCUGUAGUGCUAAAAGUUAUCCUCUUGCAGACAUUGUAUGGUCAAGCGAAUUCUCAAAACCCCUUCAAGAGUGUCAAAAGAAGGCCGCUUGUACUCUUACUAUUGAACAUAUUUCUGUUGAUGAGCGAAAAACAUAUAUUUGCAGGGCCUCAACGGCGUUCGGAAAUGCCAGUUCUUCUUUCGUCGCAAUCGGUACAGGUAAACAUGAUAAACAGGGAAUAAAAGAAACAAAAGGUGCAUCUCCGUUACCUUGGAUAGCUGCGGCAGUCGGAUGUCUCAUACUAAUUAUUAUAGUUGCCGGGUUGGUGGUGAUCGUCGUCAGGAAAAUAAAUCAACCAAAAGGAACGUUAAACACACGGAAUGAACCGGACAAAGCUCAAAAUGGAAAUGUUGAAACACUCGAGACCUCUCCUGGCAAUGACGAUACCACAUACGCAAUGGUUGACAAACCGCGAAUAAAAAGGACGCCAGAAAAGACACGUCAUGUGCCAACAAAGGCGACAUACGAUGACACAUUGGUUUACGCUGAUUUGGACAUUGAACACUUGGAAGAAACCAGUAAAUCUGUUCAAAACAAAAAACGAUCGACGGAUUCUGAGCCGGUGGAAUAUGUCGAAAUCAACUUCUCAGCGAGAGCCCAGAUCUCUGAAAGCGAAAACAUUUACCAAAAUUGAUGAACGUAUUCAUUUUGAAAACAUUGACAAUGUCAAGUGUGAGAGCAUUUUCUGGCAAAGAUGUACAUCGGAAACACAGAACAAGUGUAUAAUGACUUGUAAGAGAUUGAACUACAUUAGCGCGUUAAGAGAUUAAUGUGUAAUGUAACUGCCCCAUAAUUAUUAAUGAUUUAUUACGGGAAUAUUGCUUUCAUCUUUGAUGUCUUAUAAACAAGUUACAGUACCUUCGUAUGUGUUAAUAUACACGGAGGUAUUAUUGUGUCCGUUUUCACUCUGUAUUUUUCAUGUACAGUCCGUAUAUUGACAACCAAAUAAUAACGUAUACAUGCAUUUUUUUAUAUUUUGUUACGCAUGAAUCAAAAUCAAUAAAAGAAUAUUUUUAUUUUAACAAUAUGCCAAAUUUGUUCUGUAUAUUUAUUGUAAUGUAAUUGAAUGUUCUCUUAUUAUGUAGCAAUUAGUACAAUGUCAUGUACCUAUUUUGAAUACUAGGGUACAUAAUCCUCUUCAAUGGCCCUUCAGGAGGAGUAUCUGAUUUUAGAGAAACUUCUUCUCCAAAGUUUGAGGCAGGUAACCUCAUUUUUCUUUCCACUAUCCAAUUAUGAUUUUCCCCUGACCUCUGGUUAUCUUUUCAACACCCUCACUAUGGUCCUUACUGAGCUUUAGUCCUUUCGUCACAUUUCUACAACAGUGUCACUCUUCAGAUUUACAUAUUUUUAUAUUGAUAUUCUAUCAAUAAAAAUUGGGGAACUCGU